CGUUAGCUUCUCUACGCUGUGUGUCGGGGCGGUCCUUCCGGCCGGAGUGGGGCGACUAACCGCGACGCGGCGGUCAUGAGCCGGCCCAGCCGGUUGCAGAGGCAGGUUCUGAGCCUGUACCGCGAGCUGCUGCGCGCCGGGCGCGGGAAGCCGGGCGCCGAGGCGCGGGUGCGGGCCGAGUUCCGGCAGCACGCCAGCCUUCCGCGCUCCGACGUGCUGCGUAUCGAGUAUCUGUAUCGCCGGGGACGGCGCCAGCUACAGCUGCUGCGUUCCGGCCACGCCACGGCCAUGGGUACCUUCGUGCGCCCGCGGGGUCCGGCUGAGGAACCCGGCGACGGGACAGCCCCGGGGACCGGGCUGGAUGCUAAUGGUGCCUCAAAGGAUCCUUGUGAAGACACCGGGGCACGGGAGACGAGAUCCGACGGACGGUGACGGACAGACCCGGAGAAAGGUUCCCUCUGACAGUUUGGGGAGGAACGGGAACUCAUCUAAAUGAGAGCUGAAAUGUCUUAAGAGACAACCGAAUUUUCUCGACGCGUGGGGAGAGAUCAGACACUCCCUCACCAAGGAGGUUCCGGGCAUCCUGUGGCACCGGCGGGCCGCACAACACGUGCUGUGAUACACCAACCCAAAGUCCAAGAGAGCACAGACGCACUUUCUCCUCCCUUCGGGGCCGUGACACCUCUGAACUGACACCUCUCUUGACUUCUAAGAACACACCCACCUCCCCACCCCCCGCCCUUUGCUAGUACCCUGGUGAGCCGUGAGAAACUUCCGAAGUCUGACUCGUUGUGAGGAACUAGGAUUGUGAGGGAGGUUACAGUAGCUCAUCCCAGCUAAUGAGCCUAAGACUCCUGGAGAAUCCCUCGUCCCUACUCCUGUUCAUCUUCCUCGGGAUUCUUGUAUAAAGGGAAUAAAUGUGAGGUGUGCUCACUUCUUUGUUGAUUGUC